AUGUCCCGACCGCCACCAAUGUUCCUCACACUAUUAUCCAUCCUCAUCCUGGGGACAUACUUCUUCCACCUCUGGCGCGCCGAAGCCGCCCUCGCCAUCCCCUGGACACCCUCCCCCGACGCCCGUCUGUUCAGCCAACGACCCCUCCCCGCACCCAUCGAAGCUUCGUUCUUGUCUUCUUCUACCACCACCGCCUCCAAAAAAACCGAGUCCCAACCACUAUCAAACUAUGCCCUCCCCCUUAAAACCCAAGGCCGCAACAUUGUCGACCAAAACGGCAAGCGAUUCAAGCUGUCGAGCGUGAACUGGUACGGCGCCUCGGAUGAGUUGUUCAUCCCCGGCGGGCUGGACAUUCAACACCGCAAAGCAAUAGCAAAAACAAUCAAAAGGCUGGGGUUCAAUUCUGUCCGGAUGCCCUACAGCGACGAGAUGGUUGUCAAGAACCCGACUAUUUUGCCGCACCUGCUGGCUAAGAAUCCGGACUUGAUGGAAAAGAGGGCGCUGGACGUGUUUGUGGCUUGUGUGGAGGCGCUGACGGAGGAGGGGAUCGCGGUGAUUGUGAAUGAUCACAUUACGACUGCGACUUGGUGCUGCGGGGCGGAUCCUUGCGAUGCCAGCUGGAGCAAUGAUUGGUUGCCGGGGGUGGUUUGCAAGGUGAGGCAGACGGAGGAGGAUUGGAUUCGGAACUGGGAGACGGUGAUGGGGAGGUUGGCGGGGAAUGAGCUGGUGAUUGGGGCGGAUCUGAGGAAUGAGGUUAGGGGGGUUUGGGGGACUAUGCCUUGGGAUCGGUGGGCUAGUGCGGCGGAAAAGGCGGGGAACAGACUGCUGAAAAUGAAGAAGGAUUGGUUGAUUAUUGUUGGGGGAACGGAGAGCGGGAAUGAUUUGAGGGGGGCGAGGACUAGGCCGGUAAGGUUGGAGGUGGAGGAUAGGGUGGUGUAUUCGGCGCAUGUGUAUUCUUGGAGCGGGUGGGGGAGCCUUGAAGGGAGGUACUCCAAGAGAACGUACCCGAGUUUUGUUGCGUCUAUGAGGAGCAAUUGGGGGUAUUUGGUCGAGGGGGACGUGGCGCCGGUGUGGAUUGGGGAGUUUGGGGCGCCGAGUGAGCCCGGGAGGGGGGAUGCGAAUUAUUGGGAGAACUUGAUGAGGUAUCUGAAGAGUAUUGAUGCCGAUUUUGGGUACUGGGCGAUCAACCCGAGGAAGCCAAAAGACGAUGAGAAGGAGACGUAUUGCCUUGUAGAGGAUGACUGGGUGACGCCGGUGCUGGAUUACAGGAUGAAGGAUAUGACGGAGUUGAUGAGGAUUGGGCAUGAGUAG